AUGCUUCAGAAAAAUAGAAAAGAUAUGUUGAAUGAUCAAAUAUCAACUUAGUAUAGCCAGUUCUUACAGAAAACAUUACUUAGAGAAUUUCAAUCCGCAAAUAAAAGAAGAAAGUUAUAAGAAGCUAAAAAUAUAACUGAACGUAAAGAAACUAAUACAUUGAGCUUUUUUGAGAGUUCCAUAAAUGAAAGUUUCAGCAAUUUAAGUUAAAACAUAAAAUAAGUUAUAUAUUUUAUAAAAGUAGUAGAAUGAGUAACCAGAUAAUUUAAUAUUUUAAGAGUAAGAGAAAUAAGGAUUAACUAAAAAUAUAAACAUAAUCAUAAUUGUAAAACUAAAUAUAAUGUGAAAAGGGAGUUGAAAAUGAUGCAAGAAAGAUCCUCCCUUAAAAGUUAGAAAAUGAUCAAAAUGAUCGAAAUAAUGUAAAGGAAGUAAACAAUAAUGACUGUAAAAUAUGA